UCACCACUUAAUAUAUUUAAUCAAUAUGUAUUCUGCUAAAUCAAAAUGAAAUACUCAGGGGAUCCCUUUUAUGCCCUUUAAUAUUCCUCUGGUAUCGAGAGCUUCCUUGAAUAAUGGAAUCAAUGGUACUAAAUUGUAUGCCCCAAAACCUAUCAGAUCUAUACCACCAAUGAGUUUAUUGGCUCAAAAAAUUCCAACACUAGACUUAUCAUCUGUUCCCCUUCUAUCAAAGCUACAACAGUUGAACCAAAGUGCUGAGGAAGUAAUGAAUAGCUCAAACGGAGAGACUUCUGUUACUGCUGACUUGGCAAGAUUAGAAAGGAGGACUUCAGAGGCUAGUUUCCAAUCAAACAGAGAAGAGUCAGCCUUUAAACCAUGAAAUGAAGGUCAUGGUGAGGAAGAAAGUCCAUCUCUUUCAUCCUCAUCUAAAGUUAUAAAGUCACUAAAUAAAGAGGAUACUUCAGAAAAUAAGGAAAAAGAGCCACUUAAGAGAUGGAACAGGACUGAUGACAAGCAUCUCUGGAAGAUCAUAAGAACUGUUGCAGAAGAUCAGAACGAGUCUCUUGAAGAGAUUCUUGAGUGAAUCAUUAACGACACUCAGAGCUCUUAUUGGAAAAUGAUUCUUCCAACUUUAAGAGAUCAAGUUGAAUCCUUUUCUGAAUCCCAAACUCUUGACCAAGUUGAUAAGAAAGGAAUGAAGUUCUUUGUCAAAAGAGUUAUCAAACUAAACAACAUGAGGGCUGUCUCAAGAAGAGAACAUAAACUGAUCAGGAAGUUACUCAGAUCUAACAAAAAGGAGAGUAGCUUAGAUUGGGAGCAGAUUCUGUUCCAUUUCCCUGGGAAAAGAAUUCAGGAAUUGAUGGAAUACACUCUGCAGAACUUUCCAAAGUACUUCCAAAAUUCUGAUGCUGAGAAGCCUGUGAAUAUCCAAAAAGUGCAGUAAAGAUGCGAGGACCUCUCUGAUUAAAUUCUGCAACUAGCUGACAAAAAAUGCAAAUAUUAUGAUAAUUUUGUUAAUUGUUUCUAAUAAAUUCGA